CUACAUCCCGGCCCUUCAUCAUGCGUGUCUGUAGUUCUGUUCGUUGUUUCCCUUCUUUUAUCGUGUUUUAGUGUAUUAAACUUACAUUUUUUCGAUCAGUACUGAAGACAUUCUUUUCUCUAAUUUUGAGAAUGGUCCAUUAAGUUGAUCACAUCAUGGUUGAUUCCAUCUACUCCAAACUACUCACUGGACUUCAUGUUCUCCACACCUUUACUAUUGCUUGUACAACUCAAGAAUUUUGCCUAAAACUGUUGUGAUCGUGGAUUCUGUAGUCUGUACUUGGUGAAACUCUCGAAAUUCAACUUAAUGCACUGUGAUCAUGACGCCCAACAACGAGCAAAACACUUGUCGAUUAUGCGGUUCGAGUAGUGGAGUUUUCAUAUCAAUCCUCGACCAAACGUAUGAAAAGUAUGUUCAGAAAAUUUCUGGUUUACUAAACAUCAUGAUUUAUAGCAACGAUCCACUCCCGAAAGUUCUCUGUCAUCGCUGUGUCAUAAAAAUUGAUGACUUUCAAGUUUUUGUGGAAAGCGCUCACUUUACUCAGAAAGUUUUGAGAGAGAAAUUCCUUUCUAGUAAUACGCUGAAUGUGAGUGAUGACGGGAAAAAUCAUCUAUCUCUUCUUGCAAGUAAUGAGAAUGGAUUGAAUAGCAGUGCACUAUCAGAACCACCUACCAUUAAUCCUCCUGCAAUAAUUUCAUUUAAUUUACUAACAUGUUCAAAUUCGAACGAUGACUCUUUGGGAAGAUGUAGGGUUGACAGUGGCUCAAAUUUUGCAGCACAGCAAUUAGACCCUGAACCUUUGAGCCUUGAAUACCAGAAAGAACAGACCCCUACUCCAUCUCUUACAAGACCGCCUGGGCCCAGACGGGGAAGUCGACCUUUCCCAAAGAAACCAGGCAGUAUGAAUUCAUCUCAAAAUCAUACGCUUGAAGAAAAAAGUCAAAUUAGUAAACCUGAUUCAGAACGAGUCCCAAAUGUAACAAACAGUACCUUACCUGAAGCUGCAGAAAAAGGCCACGAAAGUGAAGGAAGCUCCACCACGGAUGAAAAGAAAUUAUCAGCCAACUCAUCUCCCCCAACCAAAAAAAAGAAGAAGUAUCUAAGCCCAUUCGAAGUUCCCUCUCGAAGGAAACGGAACCGCAGAAGGCUGACGGAUGCAAUUCAAAGAAAGAAGAAAGUCAAUAAAAUCGAUUCCAGCAGUGAUGAAGACACCUCUAAGCCAGCAAAAAAAUUAACCUCAAUUCCUGAGGAAGACUUAGAGAAAUACUUCAUUCUUACCAAAAUUCCCAGCCAGGGAAUGAUAUACACGUGCAAAAAAUGUGAAGCCAUUUUCAUGACAGCCAAGGCGUCAAGUGGCCAUACAAAAUGUCUCAGUGCAGAGCAAGUUAGUGAGGAUGAGCAAGGUGGAAAUUCAUCCUCCUCAGAAUCAAGCGGCGGCGAGCCUUCUGAUGCCAGCAAGAGCGAUGAACCAGAAAAAGAAUCUAUCUACCAGUGUUCCUAUUGUGACAAACCGUUCACACGGAAUGUCGUUUGUUUGCAGCAUGAGCAGACGCAUUUACGUAAUAUGACUGUGACUGAUGAUGAGGAAGAUAUUUACUUAGAACCAAAAUCAAAAUCUAAAAAGAAAGUUGUCAACAAGUUUCUUGUUGAGAAGUUUCUCCUCCGUUGAUUUCGAUUGAUUUAAAUUUUUGAUAAAUUUCCUUGUGCUUUGAUCAAAGUUAUAUGUACGCGCUGGAGUGAAUUCAGUCGCCACAAACUUACUCAGUUGCAAUUUAUUGCAAAUACUUUUUAAAGUAUGCAUUUCAAGCUUUCUUCCAGAAUGGCAUUUUUGAGUUAUCUGCUUGGCUUUCCCUUUUCCACUAAGUAUUAAAAUUUGACGGCACCAGGUAGAAAUUAUAUCUAUUCAAAAAAGUAUGCAUUCUUUAAAGCACCACAUUUUGGAGGUACUGCAUUCUUCACAUUAGAUUACGUCUGCUUAUGACGUUCAAUAUGUGCUUUAGUGCCGCUCCUCCCUCCCCUGUGCAGUUUUGGGGAAAAAAUUUGGGCACUAAAAUUUAUGAAACUAACUUUUUAAUGCUGUACGAGAGAUCCUGAAUACCCUGCUCCUUUUGCUCCUGCAAAGCCCACCUUCCUGCGGCCCUGCCACUUUGGUGGAGUAAAGAGCUUUCUUAGAACUCACUUUCGAUAAAUUGUCAGUUACUUACCUUCCAUUUCAAGUGACUGCGCUGCCGCCAUCCAAUAGUGAUUGAGGAUUGACCAAGUGUGACAACAGUGGUACCGAAAACCAAUUUUCUCCUCAGAGGAGGUAUUGCCAAGUUGAUCUACUGUGUGCGACAGUCAGAAGUAAACAACUGCCAACUUAUUAUCUGACGCGAGUUCUAACCAUCUUUUAAUUUUCAAGAAGCAGUAGCUUCCAGUAUGAACAAAUACUCAUGUAAAUCUAUUGAAACCCUCCGAAAUUUGAAAUUUCUGUUUUUUUUGUUUUUUUUUAAAAACAGACAUCAUUUGCUGCAAUAUUGCCAACUUUUUUCACUUCAUCACAUUGAAAUUUGAUUAAAAAAAAAAAAAAAAAAAAAAACGUUGCCAUGCGCCCAUAUUAAAACAAGUAAAUAUGAGAAGAGACAAAUUUUUACCAGUUCCAUUCUAUCUCUGGAAGAUGUUGAAUUAUAGGGCUUGGGCAAUUGCUUUAAAACAAAGGAAGUUAGCAAUCUUAUGUUGCUUUCUUUUUUUGGAAGACGCACAUACUUACUUCAGUAAUUGAGACUAAGCUAAGCUUGUUUGGUCAGAAAUUGACUACUGAAGCAGAAAAAAACUGGGACUUAAAAAAAGUAACGAAUAUAAAAUAUUUUUUGAGUUCCGUUUUUUUUAUUUUCAUAUUCUUUUGAGUUCGUAUUCAUAGGAUGGUCUUGGUGUUUUCCAUGUGAAGAAGAAUUGUUUUUGAUCUCUGAAAAUGUCAAAAUGAAACUUUGCUGUAUCAGUUUUCAAAUGUCCUAUUGUAACUAUGCAGAUAUCUGUGUGGGUUUGUAUGUUACAGCAGUCUGCUAAAAAUUUCUAGCAAGCUUUUGAAAUUUUUCCAUGGGUUCAAGGUAAUCUAUGCGCACGCUGUUAGUUUCGCUUUAUGUUUUUUUUAUCUGCUAAUAUUAUGGUUGCUUGGUGACCGCAGGAACCUUAAAACAGGGACUUGUAGGGAUCGAGCAUUAAAGAAAUAAAUUCAAUUGUAUUGAACAGAAUUCUGUCACCAAAAUGUUCAUCUCAAAUUUUUUGUUUGGAUGUGGUAAAAGAAAGUAUCACUUGAAAGUAUCUUUGUAAAAUUACGGAAUGGACUUAAAUUUGUCAUCCUUUUUUGUUAGCAACCCUGAUUAGUAAGAAAUUCAUAUUUGUGACAUACUUUAAAAAAAUGACCCAUAACUUCUCUAGAGAAUACUUAGUGAGUAAACUCAAGUAUCUCAAAAUAAUCUCUCUUUAGAUAAAUGUGUGGUGUCAGUCAAAAUUUUUUAAAUGACCGAAAGGCCUACUGUUGUUAAAGAUUGAACUUGAUAUGAUUGAAGUUGUAAACUUUCAUUUUUUCUUCGAGCAGUUGUACUCUGAUUUCAAGUCUAAAAUCGUUCCCUUAUUUUCAAUCUUUUAAAGUCACCAUAAUUCGUUGUGGCAGUGUAAAAUUGAUUAGAUAGUGUUCUCAGCAACAGAAAUUGUCCUAAAAAAAAUGAAGUGAUUUUCCCCUUCACAUCAUCGUCAUUUGAGUUUUCUGGUGUGCACUUUUUCGUAGAAAUUAAGGAGCAGUUCCGACCCACGCAUCCACUUUUUUCAUACUAUUGAUACGGAAAAUUAUUCGGGAUAAAUUUAUAACAUAUUUCACUUUGUUCUUUAUUUUUUUACAAGAGCAUCAUUUUGUUGAAUAAUUUGUUUCAAAACAUUCCCUACUCGAAAAAAAAAAAAAAUAUAUCCAGGAGACAAAAACAACUAAUUUUGGCGGAAAAGUUUUAGAGAAUGGGAACCAUCCUUGGCGCAUGUAAUUUAGUUCUCAGAGAGAGCCCAGUAGCAAAACAUGUAAAAUCUGUUUGAUACUUGGACUACAUUUUGCCAAAAGGAACCAGGAGCAUUCCAAUGUUGCUAGGAUUGUGCAACUUACAUUCGUUGCAGUAAAAUUACUGAAAUCUCGCCACAAAUUAAAUUUACCAAGGUAAUUUUCGUAUUGAAUUUAUAGUAUAUCGGGAAUAAAGGUAAACUUUCUUUCGAUGACCAGUCUAUAUUUGCAUGGAGAAAAAAUUUGCUCAGUCUUAGCAACAUUGGAACGCUCUUGGUUCCUUUUUGCAAAAUGCAAUCCACUUUACCUAAUGGUGCAAUAUGAAGUUUUUAAAUCCUAGAACUCUCCAAGGAAGUAUUUUAUUCUGUUCACGUGGGAAAACUAUUACCUCAUCAUUUUUUAAUUAAAGAUUGUUUGCCUAAAAUUUUAGUCUUUAGUCUCAAAAAUAAAAAAAAGUAGUUGAUGGAGACUACCAAAAUAUUAUUAAAAAUUGUUAAGAUUUCUCAGUUUUAAAUCAUCAAAAGGUUAUUACCUGGUUUUAAGUGCUGAAAAAACCCCCACUUUUUUGUUUAGUUCUUAAUUGAUCCUUUAAGGUAUUAUUUUAACGAAAUCUUGUUUCAUAUUUCAAGGAUAUGAUUAUUAUAACGUUUUCUGUGAGGAUUAUUCGUUGUUCCUCCUAGAAUGUUAUUUUAAAUGUAUUAGGAAUCUUUAAUUUGUUGUGUUUUUGUAUCAGACCCAUAUGUUUUUUAAAAAAAAUUGUUGUUAUCAGUUUUUUCAUUUUGAAUUCAUCAAGAAAUCAUUUGUCUUUACCUACCAAUUGUAUUCUAUGUACCUAUGUUAUUUUUUUCUGUUAAAACUUUCGGACUGCAUAUUUGUGACUGAGCAGCUUUAAAAAAAUGUAUAUUUAUAUAUUACUGGUGACUGAUGUACCUUUUAUUUGUGUUUAAUUUUCCAAUGUCAUAAUGAUAGAUGACUGAUUCUCUCGUAAGUUCUAAUGUGAAUCUUUCUGCUUCACUCAGCCCUUCAUAUAUUCAUUUAAUUUAUAGUUUUCUGCCACAAUAGCGUUUUUCGCAUAUAUCAUAGGAGAGACGACGUUUCUGUGAAGAUAUUUUUUCCUUAAUCCCAUAAGUUGAAAAAAAAAAAUAUUUCAUCAAGGAUACACUGCACUGGCAUCAAGAUAAGAAAAAGAGAAAUUUUUGAGGUCAAGCAAAGGCACUCCUUCAGUAUUUGAGGCAGUGUGUGCAGCAAGACUGUGAAAAGAAAAAUAGCAUUAAAUAGUGAGUAUUGUGCAACAUCCCCGGCUUCAGGAAAUGCAAACGACUCUAAAUUUUCUUAAAUAUACAGAGAAAAGUCAGGCCUUCCUACCCUUUGUCUGUACUUUGAUUAUUUUGAAUUAAAAUUUAACAAUUUUAUCAACUUCUGCAGGGUGGUCCAUAAGUCAUGCAUUACCACCGCACCAGCCAUCACCCAUGUAACUUUUGAACGAUAAAGAUAGAGGCUUGAAAUUUUGUAAAUGCUCCUAUGUAUAUGAAAGGAAGCUACUUUUGUGACGAUCCAAACUUUAAGUGCUAUAACUCUGAAAAGGGGAAGAAACACCAGGGAUUAUGGGGGUGGUGCUGGACUUUUGGAUAACUCUUCCAGAUUAAUAGGUGGCAUUAGUUGAAGUGAUUCUGGCAUUACAAAAAAUUCAUUUUCUGUCUGAGGAGAGUGAUGCGUAUUGCUUCCUCUCAAUAUUAUUGAGGUUUCCAUGGAAGUAUUAAUUAGUUACCUUGGAGCUUCAAUCCUAUAUCUAUGUUCAACCUGAAAUGUGAAUUAUUGCUUUUUGAGCCAAGCAACAAUCAAGUCAAAAUGAAGUUGAAGUUGACAUUUUUUCCUAAAUUCAGACAUUACCACAAGGAAAAAUGUAAAACUUUUUGUCUGAGACGGAUUUUUUUUGACGGACAGAAAGUUGCUUGAGCGGAUCAAGUUUUUUUGUAAGACCCGAUUAAAUUGAUUUUUUUUUAUUGAGGAAUCAGGCAAAAAGAAAAAUGUAAAAAAUAAACGGAUCCAAAAUGGAUAAACGAUAAAGUACGAUAACUUCUUAAAAGUAGGCUCAGCAGUAAUUCAAAUUUGUAAUCAACAAGAAUUUUUGAUAAUAAUUAGUUGUUCCUUGUGAAAAUUCAUCAAAGCUCUAAGAAUUAGAUUUUUUUCAUAGUAUAAUUUUUUUUCAUUUUUAAAAUCCAUCUACUUCCUGAGUAAUUUUUGACUUUCGCCUGGGAGUGAUCUGUCAUGAUUUUCCUAUCAUUCCUGUUGGUGAUUGCUUUCACUAUCAUGAAAAUUUUCAUAAUUCUGUGAAUAUUAGGUAUUAUGAUUAACCACGAGGACUAACUGAUACAAAUAAUAUGUACAUUAUCAAUUUCCUCUCAUUACCAUUUCUAGACACCAUACACUUUUAUUUUGCUCUGUUAAAUUUUGACUUCAAUCUUUUUUUUUAUGAGCAUAAUUAAAUGAAGCAGAUCUACUACAAA